AUGGUAGUUGCUCUACGUAUUUUGCUUCUGCUAUUCCAAACACAUGGUGUGACAGGGAAAAUGAGAGGGAUAACACUACCACUUAUCCACCCGGAAUCCCCUGAGUCACCGAUUUUUAAGAUCAACCAAACUAAUGAACAGAGAAUUCAGGGACUAAUAUAUCAAUCCCAUGCUCGAGUUGCUGGCUACUUUCUUACUGAUGUAUCAUCAAUAACCCAAAUCAGACCUCCUUAUCCAUCGUUCAAGUCAUACUUCUUGUAUAUGGACGCCGGUAGUGAUUUGUUGUGGAUUCAGUGUGAGGGAUGCAGGGCUCCUGGCGGCAGAUGUUUCAAUCAGGAAGGACCUGUUUACCCAAAUAGUCUGUCGGGCUCGUAUUAUCCCCUCCCUUGUAAGAAACAUAAGCUGUGCCCGCCAAACCAGUGCAUCAAUGCUUCAUGCUCAUAUAACAUUAAGUAUUUAGACAAUACCUCCUCGUCUGGCAUUCUGGCGACUGAAAACUUCGUAUUCAACUCAACUUUUGGAAAAAUGGAGGUUCUGAAGAACCUGGUAUAUGGUUGUGGAAUUGAUAACAGGAAAAAUUAUGGUAAUAAUAGCAAUCAAAUUGCAGGAAUUAUGGGUCUUGGAUGGGGUUCAUAUUCUAUUUUCAGUCAAGCUAACUCUCUGACAGAAAGUAGAUUUUCGUACUGUCUUCCAGCAAUCAGCAAAUACACUCAGAAGUGGCCUAAUACAUAUUUAAGAUUUGGCAAUGAUGCAGUUAAACAGUCAAGUUCAAGCACCACACCUUUACUCCGUAUUAACGAUCAAAAAGUUUAUCAUGUUGUUUUACAAGGCAUUAGCGUCAACAGCAAGACGCUGAACGUUUCUGAUCGAGAUUUCAGAUUGAGAGGCGAUGGCUCUGGUGGCUGCAUAAUAGACUCCGGCACUCCAUUCUCCAGACUCAUAAAACCGGCUUAUGUAGUACUGGAAAAGACACUGAAGAGGUACUUCUGGGGCCAAAGAAACUUGGAGCUCUGCUAUGAGCGCAAAAACGCCCAAGGGUUUAAAAACCUUCCUAGCAUGACUUUUCAUUUAAAAAAUGCUGAUCUUGUGGUUCUGCCAGAAGCACUGUUUCUUGUCAUGGAUAAGAUUAGCUCAGUCAAAGGCGAAUACAUUUGCUUGGCAAUUCUUCCAAGUGAUUUUAUUAGUGUAAUAGGAUCAUACCAGCAGACCAACCAACGUCUCAUAUAUAACACAAAACAACAGCAGCUGCUUUUCAGCCCGGAGAAUUGCUCAAAAGAUGCUUAA